UUGACUCCACCUCACCUCUUCGCCAGCGCAUUGUCUUCGCGCUUUCUUUCGGCCGAUGGCAUGAAAUAGCUUGGUCUCCUCCAGUCAUCACUCGCGGCCCCUCUAUAUCGAUGCGAUGGCUCCACCACAGCCUCUUCCCCCAGAUGCCUACGACAGUAGAGCGAACAGCAUUAUCGCCGUCGUUGCGGCUGGUCUUUUCAUCUCAUCCACAGCUGUCGCCUUACGCUUUUACGUCCGUCUAGGCAUCGUCAAGAAGUUCGGCCCGGAUGAUUGGGGAGUGGCAAUAUUUCUGGUCUUUGUCCUUGUGCUGGGUAUCCUGGCUGCUUUAAAUACCGCGUCCGGCCUCGGUCGUCACAUAUCCGUGCUUAGCCACGAUGAGAUUGUCACAUGGUGGAAGGAAAAUUUCUUCGCGUUACUCGCGUACCAACUGGCCAUCGCAUCCGGGAAGGUGACCUUUCUGCUCCAAUUCCGGCGCAUCUUCCCUCUGCCACAUGUUCAGCGAAUUUGCGAUGUCUUCGCUGGAUUUGUGAUCGUCUGGGGAUUCAUCUCGACGCUUACAGUCUUGUUCAGCUGCAACCCAAUCUCCGAAAAUUGGGAUAUGACUCACCCAAACCAAUGCAUUAACAGGAUGGUUUUCUGGUACUUCAACUCCAUUGUCAAUAUUCUUACGGACAUCAUCAUCUACAUUAUACCCCUCCCAAUCCUCCGAACCUUGUCGUCGAUCGGAAGAGUCCAGAAAUAUAUUCUGGUGGGCAUCUUCUGCCUAGGCUUCUUCACCUGCGUCAUUUCCGUCGUCCGUAUUACCCGUCUGUACGCGGCGAUUAUGUCCACGGAUCCUCCCUGGCACACUAUCGAGGUGGCUAUCUGGUCAGUUGUCGAGCUGUCUUGUGCUGUUGUCUGCGUUUGCAUCCCGACGCUUCGUCCCCUGCUGCCCAAAGGUCUUGCUUCGUCGGGAACACCACAGUCCGCAAAGCUCUAUCGGUGGCGCUUGCCUUGGACAACCAAUAGCGGUGCCUCCGCAGAGGUGGAGUCUCAACAACCAACACCUCAACUAGACCGAGAUACAACUUGUACCGGUACGGUUGUAGCAUUGGGAAAACUAGUGUCACCUGCGGCUGAAGUUGAGGCCCCUUUUGCAUGUGCAGUUGCUCAUUGAGAGGCGAUGGAGGUGCGUGAAGUCACAUAAUUUCUAGGC